UGGAUAUUGGAAACAGCGCUGAGUAUUAAAUCAAGGUUGCUUCUGGUCCUCGUUUUGUCAAAGUAACUUUUCGUGAUCUUAUUUGUUUUCAGAUCGUGAUGACACAAAAUACGAGCAUUCCAGUCAGUUAUCCUAUGAUGCCUCCGAUGGAUGAUUUAAAUAAAUAUGCACAUUUAUUGCAAGUCAUUGAAGAAAUGGGACGAGAUAUUAAACCAACCUACGCCAAUAACAAAAAUGCUGCAGAAAGACUAAAAAAGAACAUUCACACUGCUAGGAUUUUAGUCAGAGAAUGUGUUUCAGAACUUGAACGUGUUAUGAAAGCGUAGCAUUUUUGUCUUCUAUCCUUUAUCUAUUGUAUUCUGUAAUUAAACAAAACAAAAUUUCAUCUUUCGCUUUUCAACUCAGAAUGUACAUUGUGGGUUCGUUCUACAAUAUGUUUUUCGCGUAGAUCAGUGCCUUUCAAUGUUAAAAUGUCUUCGGGAUAUCUAAUAGUUUUGUGUAUUCGUUUCAUUAUCAUAUAUAAAUGGACUAAGACUGUUGG